CACCCAUUCGCCUCGCCACGUCAUCAGCAGGUCGAAAAGCCGAGCCCAAACCAGCUGGGAUUUCCCAGGACGCGCCUCGAUGCUCGAAUGAUAAAUACAAACCGAAUUUCGAUGCUGCAUGCGCAAUGUGCGACUCGAUUUCGAGAGGCGGCCUCACGGGGAUCGCCAGCUUGGAAUCGAGAAUUCGAGAGGCGAGUGGACGCGCAUUGGUUCCCGUAGACAGUCCACCACAGUCCUCUCUGAAGCUAUAACUUUCGUCCAUCGACUUUUGAGUCGACUCAACAGUCCACCGCAGUCCUCUCUGGAGCUAUAACUUUCGUCCGUCGUCGCAUUGGUUCUCAUUUCCGCUCUGCUCUUGUGCUUCCUAGGCCGUUUACUCCCCUCUGUUUAUGGCCAGCUUCGGAAAUCUCUAGUAACUGGGUGGUAACCACCAAUUGGCAGCUCCAUAGACAUAUAGGCUUGUUACGCAUCACUUUAUUGCUGCUUUGAGGAUCGGCCGUGACCGGUUCUGUGCGGUGUCGUGCGGUGACCUUCGGUAGGCGAGUGAGCAGCGUCAAAUUGGAACCAUGUUGCCUGGAGCAGCAGGCGGCGGAGGGGGAGCAGGAGGGAGAGGAGGGGGGGGAGGAGGGGGGGGAGGAGGGGGGAAGGAUGGGGGCGGCAAGCGCAAGAUGUUUGCUAAGAGCAAGCGCUCGUUCCACCACUGGGUCAGCCCGCUGCUGCGAUUCCUGCAGCUCUUUGCAGCAGUGUGCGCACUGGCAGUGAUGCUGACAGCCAAGGUCGCCGGAAUAAGCUACUCGUCCUUCCACGCCUUUCGGUACCUCAUAGCAGCCAGCGUCAUAGCCGGCUUCUGGGCGCUGCUGCUGCUGCUGAUCGAUCUCGGGCUGCUUGCUGCUGGGAGGACGUCCCACUCCGCCAUCCUCAAGAUUCUCAGGAUCGUCGGGGACUUUAUCGCUGCUGCUCUGCUGCUUUCUGCAGGUGCAGCAGCAGCAGGGGUCACAACCUUCAAUGACCAGGGUGGUUUCCCCUAUCAGCAAACAAUUUGCGAGGGAAAUACCCCCUGGAAUUUCUUUUGCGGGAGGUCCAAGGCGGCCACUGCCAUGUCGCAUAUUGGCUUCUUUUUCUUCCUGCCAUCCAUAAUCCUCGAUAUUGGGUCACUCGCUAUAGAGUACUACGAGGCCAUAUGAUAUGGAAGACUGACAGUGUACACGGUGUGGGGAAAGUGGCUCUGUUUGAGCCCCUUUUAGUGUAUUCAUGUGGAUUUCUAGGUUGUGA